AUGCCGGAGUUAUCUUCAAAAGGUGCUACUAUCUCUAAGAAGGGUUUCAAGAAGGCUGUGACUAAAACUCCGAAGAAAGAAGGAAAGAAACGCAAGAGGUGCCGAAAGGAAAGCUACUCUAUCUACAUUUACAAGGUGCUGAAGCAGGUCCAUCCUGACACUGGUAUUUCAUCGAAAGCUAUGAGCAUCAUGAAUUCUUUCGUGACUGAUAUAUUCGAGCGCAUCGCAGGAGAAGCGUCACGCCUAGCCCAUUACAGUAAGCACUCAACUAUCACAUCUAGAGAGAUCCAGACAGCAGUUCGACUGCUUCUGCCUGGAGAGCUGGCAAAGCAUGCGGUGUCUGAGGGUACUAAGGCUGUCACCAAGUAUACUAGUUCAAAGUAA